AUGGCCAUCGUAAAGCUACUCGUGACCAUCGCAAUAACAACCGCAAUCACAAUCGCAAUCAUCACCACCAGAACCAGCACCACCACCGUGGAGUACACGAGCUUUGGUGCACCAGCUGCGCCAACUUUAAGGCCGAGUCGUUUCUUGGCUCAGAAGGAAGUAGGCGAGCGAAACCCUAACGCGGCGGACCAUUGCCACAAGAACCCUGAGAUAUGUAGCCUAUACGGAGGCGGAGGAAGCAACUCGACAGUGACAUGCUGCAACAACAAGUGCAUAGACGUGGCCAGUGACGACAAGAACUGUGGUGCGUGUAAGAACAAAUGCAAGUUCUCACAGACGUGUUGUCGUGGCCAAUGCGUUUACUUGGCUUACGACAAACGCCAUUGUGGACAAUGUAACCAUGCGUGUGAGCUCGGCGAGUUCUGCGUCUAUGGACUCUGUAACUACGCGUGA